UCCCUUUCCCCCCACUCCCCACUUCCUAAGCCGGAUCAGCGUUUAGGGAGGGCAGUCAUCAUCACGCAAUCCUGAGCAGCUGGAGCUGACGUUGGACGGAGCUGCCAGGUAGCUGAAAAAAGGCAGAGAAGGCAGCUGAUAUCCACUUUUCAACGUUUCUUUUUUUUUAGUCUGGGUCUGGACUUCAAGCAUCACAGAGCCCGAGCCAGCUCAUCUGAACCCUCAGUGUAUUGCAAUACCCUCUCUUCCCAAAGAAAAGAUUCCACUGAGUAGCAGAAUGCUCGCAGUGUCGCAGCCAGGGCUACAGCGCAGAGCCUUUCUGUAAAUUUGUGUGUGUGUGUGUGUGAUUCCUUUCUUUGAGGGCACCUUUGGUUUUUGUUACCCUGAUGUGACUUUUGCUUCGCUUUGGAAUGAUGGGGAUCUUUCUGGCUUAUGUUGGAUGCAUUUUCUUUUCCGUUUUGUAUAUUCAACAAGGACUUUCUACCCAAGCAAAAUUCACCGAGUUCCCCCGAAAUGUCACAGCCACUGAAGGGCAGAACGUGGAGAUGUCGUGCGCUUUCCAGAGCGGCUCCGCCUCGGUGUACCUCGAGAUCCAGUGGUGGUUUCUGCGAGCAGCCGAGGAGCAGGAGGCUGGAGGCGAAGUGACAGGCACUCAGGUGGAGCUCUUACCAGAGAGAGACUUGGACAAUGACGGAACAAAGAUAAGUACAGUGAAAGUACAAGGGAAUGACAUCUCCCACAAGCUGCAGAUUUCAAAAGUGAGGAAAAAGGAUGAAGGCUUGUAUGAGUGCAGGGUGACAGAUGCCAACUAUGGAGACCUUCAGGAAUACAAGGCCCAGGCAUUUCUCAAAGUCAAUGCUAACAGCCACUCUCGGCGAAUGCAGGCCUUUGAAGCAUCCCCAAUGUGGUUGCAAGAUAUGAAACCUCGCAAGAACAUCUCAGCAGCUGUUCCCAGUAGCGUCCAUAACUCUUCCAAUCAGCGAAUGCGCUCCACCGCCAGCCCUGAAGCAGCAGCUAAAAUCCCAAAACAGAGUCCACAAUCAGCAAAGAGCAAAUCGCCUGUAAAAUCCACGGAGCGGACAGCAAAGUUGACCCUAACCUCCAACCACCACUCUGCACCCAAUGUACUCUAAUUCUCUACACAUGGAGCACCUUCAGGAAGUACAAAAAAACAAAACAAACAAAUAUAUAUAUUGUUUAAACAUAUAAAUAUAUAUAUGAAGAGGAUACCACAUUUUCUUGAUCUAUAUUAUUUUCUUUGCUGUAUCACUGAUCAGUUAUUUGAAGAGAACGGGUAUGAUGUAACAGGACAUUUUGUAACAGCAAGACCUAGUUUCCUUUUCUUUCAGCAAGUAGAAGCAUCAUAUCCUUGACUGCUCAGGGGUUGGCUUGCAAGUCAUCAGUAUUAUACAAAUUCGCUAUGGAUGAUAUUUGGUUUCCUUCUUUGAAAGAACUGUGGCAGCCAUGAGGCAAAGAGUGGCCAAAAAUAAAUAAAUAAAAAAAAAUAAACCAACAAAAAAUCCAAGAAAACAAAAUGACUCAGCAUCACCUCUGACAAAAAACACCUCAGAAACUUUGAUGAAAAGCCUAUUUUUUUUUGUGGGGGUCGGGAGUGCAAAACAAAAAUACAAACAUUGCAAAGCAACUCACAGGACUAGAGGACGUUGUUUCUGAAGACAAGCAAGAAGCACUAUUGAGGGUUUUUUUUUAUUUAUUUAUUUAUUUUACUUUUUUGAAUUUUUUCCUCUCCUUUUUUUCCUACCCCCUUCCUUUUCCUCUCUUUUCUCUUGGUUUGUUUCUUGUUCAAUGGUGGCAGUUGCUGACUUAGGCCAACCCCUAUUGACUGUGUGGUGGUAAUAUAAAUACAUUUUUUUGUGUGUGUGUGUUCUAUAUUUCAAUGUGUUUUCUCUAAUUUUGCAACUCCUGUAUAUGCAAAACUAACUUCAAUUCUGUAAAUUGCUUACAGUAUGUGUGAUAUAACUUCACAGUAGACAUACCAUGGUCCUCAUGCAAGACAGUUUUUAAUAUUAUCUAUAUGUCGUGCCACCAACAGAUAUUUUUGUUUCCUUUUUUGAUGAAGCAUUAUUUUUUAAUUUGUAAUUCAGUACUGUGUGGAUUUUGUAAUACAUGCAUUCACUUCCACUGGUUUGACCCCUUGCAGAUGGCAAUGCAGCCCUCUGUUUACUCUGUAAAAUGCACAUUAAAAUUUGUUAUGGUCUCUGA